CAUGAGUUUCCACACUUCACUUUCUCUUCUUUGCCUCUCUAUUUGUUUCGCCUCCUAUGGUUUUCAUUUUCAGGUGCCCAAAACUCACCCCAAGACUACCUCAACGCCCACAACGCAGCUCGCGCACAAGUUGGUGUUGCAAACAUCACUUGGGACAACACGGUAGCAACCUAUGCCUUGAACUAUGCUAAUUCGAGGAUCAGUGAUUGCAACCUGGUGCACUCAAACGGACCUUACGGUGAGAAUCUUGCCAAAGGCAGUGGUUCGUUCACAGGCGUCACUGCGGUGAACUUGUGGGUGAAUGAGAAGCAAUACUACAAUUAUAACUCCAAUUCCUGCGUUGGCGGAGGCCAAUGCUUGCACUAUACUCAGGUGGUUUGGAGUAACUCGGUUCGUUUGGGGUGUGCAAGGGUGCAAUGCACCAAUAAUGGAUGGUGGUUUGUUACUUGCAACUAUGACCCCCCAGGCAAUUAUGUUGGCCAAAGCCCCUAUUAAACAACAAACCAUAAGGAGGCCUCAUAAUACACGAUUGUUUAAAUCACUCUAAGUAAAUGAGUUAAAAUCAUUUUAGUUUGGUUGGUUUAGUAAUGUUUUGACAUUUGUCUCAUGACACGUGUUAAAAUAUUAUUGAACCAAACUUAGAGUAAUUUACCUCAUAUUUUGCUUGGGUUAUUUAGACAAACUUUUAAUACUUAAAUUACUUAUGUUUUUUCGCAAUGAAAUCAUUCUCUUAAAUAAAAUAUUAUUUCC